UCCACAUUAUAAAGAAAGAAAAAAACUCAGCUUUCAAAAGCCUAGGGAGAGAGCUAAAUCAGAGGAAAACACACUAAAAUAGAAAAGAGAGAGAAACUGAAGCAGAAGGAAGGGAAGAAAAGGGUUUCAAGAUUUUGUCAGAUCAAGCUAGAAAAAAAAAAAAACCUUGUAAUGGGGAGGGAACUCAGAGGUGUUCAAGUGGACAAUAAGCCAAACGGCGUAGUGAAAUCAAAUAGUGCGGUGAAUAAGAAGUUAAGUCCCCCAGCAUUGAAAUCCCCUGGUGCUGGAAAUACUCAAGCACACCUCACUUUCUCCAAAACUGCUGCAAAUGGCAUCGCAAAUGGUGACUCUCCACCUUUCCCCACCAAGGAUUCUGAGACAAACUCUCCAAAGACUCCUUUGAUAUCAAGAAAGCAUACUGAUGAAGAAGAUAAUUGGUCUGUCGCUUCCUCUACUGCUGCAUCUGUACGAACUGCUAGAUCGAGGGUAACUAUUGGGACUGCUCCAACUUUUAGAAGUGCUGAACGAGCUGAGAAACGGAGGGAGUUUCACCAAAAGUUAGAGGAAAAACACCAAGCUCUGGAGGCCAAGAGAAGCCAGUAUGAGGCCAGGCUCAGGGAAGAGCAAGAGGCGGCCAUUAAGCAACUUCGAAAGGGCCUGUUUGUCAAAGCAAACCCGGUACCUAGUUUCUACUAUGAAGGACCUCCACCAAAGGUUGAACUGAAGAAGCUGCCAUUGACUCGGCCAAAGUCACCAAAUCUUACCCGGAGAAAGAGUUGUAGUGACGUAGUCCACUCAACCGAGGAUGAAAAGGCAAAAAGUUGCUGCCGGGCUCACCGCCACAGCUUUGGUAACCUUAGGGAACGGUCCACUACUGUAAACGAGGAGAAAAACAAGGGACAGGUGAGUGGGGAGAGAGGUGGCAAGUUGAAAGAUAGAGCAAAGCAGGUAAAAGAUGCGACGAAAUCCUCGCCGGCUAAACUCACGGAGCAGCAGAGUAACGCUAACAUCUCGGUUCAAUCAUGAACAUGUGGUCAUUCACUAACUCAUAAACAGGGAAAAUGGGCUUGAAUUUCCCUAGUUCAAUAUGAAUGUCCUGAAAGGAAUUAGCGUGUUUUCUUGUCAGCAGAAAUGACUUGUGUUCCUUUCUCUUUUUGUAAUUUAAUUUGUUUUUUACUAUAUUUGAAAGUGGUUUGUGGUAACGUGAAAUGUAUAUGUUCUGUAAGUUAUAUGGUUACAUAUAUAAUCUUGUGAUAUAUGAAAGAGAGAUUGAUUCUAA